AUGUCGUCCUACUCAAGAAGAUCAAGGUAUUCGCCAUCUCCCUCUCCCUUGUCCUACAGGCGUUACGGUAGGUCUUUGUCCAGGUCUCUCUCGAGGUCCAGAUCCAGAAGCCGUUUGAGGAGCGUAUCACGAGAUGCUGAAAAUCCGGGGAACAAUUUGUAUGUGACAGGACUGUCUCCUAGGAUCACCAAGAGAGAACUGGAGAAGCAUUUUGCUGCUGAAGGAAAAGUGAUAGAUGUUCAUCUGGUUGUUGAUCCAUGGACAAGGGAAUCCCGUGGUUUUGGAUUUGUGACAAUGGAUACUCUUGAAGAAGCUGAUCGUUGUGUGAAGUAUCUAGAUCGAUCUGUACUUGAAGGGCGUGUUAUCAUGGUGGAGAAGGCUAGAAGACGACGCGGUCGAACCCCGACACCUGGGAAAUAUCUAGGUCUCAGGACUACUCGAGGACAGCGUCGUUCCCCAAGCUACUCUCCUCGACGUUCUCCUAGCUAUUCUCCUUAUAGAAGAAGCUACAGUCGAUCACCUUCUAAUCGUAGUAGAAGUCGCUCUUACUCUCCUGACUAUAGGCGAAGGACAUCCUACUCUCCUGAAUACAGGCGAAGGACAUCCUACUCUUCUGAAUACACGCGAAGGAGGGCAUACUCGCCAUACUCUAGCCGACACAGGUCAUACUAUCGUUAUGAUCGACACAGAUAUGAUUCACAUGAUGAUAGCUACUACAGAAGGUACCGAUACAGGUCAGUUUCCCGAAGCGUUUCACCCAAGCCAAGGAAGAGAUCAGGAAGGAGUCAUUCAAGAAGCUCUAGAAGGAGUGGUGGUUAUUCCAAACAUAAGUAUUCUCGAUCAAGAAGCUCAAGUGUAAGGGCGAGUUCUAGAUCGUUUUCAAGGUCCAAUACGCCUGGAUCUACCUCUCCUUCAAAUUAA